GUUCUUCACCACAUGUCAUGUAUCACCCCUCUCUCUUUUUCACAUGCUGCCACACUGUUCAACAGAACCUUAAACGACACAAGUCAGUCUCUUACCAGGGUUAGUUUUCUGGCGCCUUCUCACACGACAAACGUUAUCUUCUGCUCACAACUUGGAUCCUGAUUGUAAAUUUACCUAUGGAUCUCCUGACUUCACAACCGCUUUGAAAGGACAAGGAGUUUGACUGCUAUAUUUUGCCUGUAACUGUGACACCAAGCAACUGAGAUUUUUUCUACUCAACAGGAACUUUUCUAAGGAGGCAUGGCUGGUGAAUCUAAAUCCUCACAGACUGUGCUGAUCCUUUCUUUCUGCCUAUUAGGCUUAAUUGUAUUGCUUAUCUUCUUCUACAAGAAGUUGAACAAGGAGGCCGAUGGAGAAUAUACCGUCCGGCGCAUGGUGUAUAAGGAAGGCGGGGUCAGGGACCGGGUGAGAGGUGCAGCAUUAGCUCUGGGGACACGUGUCGGAGUCCAGCUGUGGCCCCACAGUGAUGUUGACGAGGACGGAGAGGAAAUGCAGGAAGUCCAAGAUGAGGAGGGACAGGUGGAGGAAGGUAGUAGCGAGCAGAGUGACAGUGAGGAAGAUGACCAGGAGGAGGAGGAGGAAGAGGAGGAGGGGGAGGAGGAGGGUGGGGAGGAGGAGGAUAAUGUGGAACUGGUUGGUAAGACAGAGGGAAACGACAGUGACACUUCAGAGAACCCUCCAAACUCCAGUUUGGAGGCAGGGGAGCAAACAAGGCUAACAGAUCAGCCAGAAGCAAAGGGAGGGACGGGGGACGAGAAAGUGGUAGAUGGGGAAGGUAAAGGUGAAGCAAGUGGAGGGACUGGAUUGUUGAUAGAUCUCAAGCAGUUCUCUGGAAGUGCCAUCUGGUCAGAUGAAGGGGGAAGCAAGGACGUUGUUGUGACUGCACUGUGAGAUCCUGAGGUGAUGAGUCCCCCCAGUUAGCUGUUAAAUUAUAUUUUGUGUAAAUGGUAUGCCAUUUUGCCAAGAUGAAGGUCUAAAUGCUGUUCCACACUGCCGGGGAGGUAGUAAUUUAAAAAUACUGGAAUCAGCCUAAAUGACACGGACCAUGUCCCAGAUGCUAAAACCCCUACAAACUCCCUCUAAAAACACCGAAGACAUGGCCUUGUUGUCUUCAAUGGAAGCUACAGCUCUCGUCCCACUUUCUUUUUAGGCAUCAGGAUACAAAGGUGACUGAUGAAUGAAGCUGUUAUAAAUAUGCAGGAGUAUAUUGGAUUGACUGCCUGGAUUUUGAAUGUUUCAGUUAGAGUUUACCUGUUAUAAUGUAAAACUGCCUCGGCCUGUUAUGAAAUCAUUGUAUUAUUAUGUCAUGCUGUUGUAUGCUGUAAAUUGUAGACUGUGCCAUAUGUUUUUUAUUGCUUUACAUUUUUUCCUAAUUUACAUGAAAAUUAAAACAAAAACAGAC